GCCUUCUGACUAUACAUGUGAAUGUCUUUUUGUAGUUUUAAUAUCUUCCCUACUGGUUCAGUGCAAUGUAGCUUCUGUCUUUGUUUUAUUAUUAGCUUUUUUAUGCAUGGUCUUAGGUUUCAAAGAUGAGAAUUUGGAGAAAUAACCCGGAGCAGUAUGUUGUCAAAUACUGGCUGGAAUCGACUUAACUUCUUAAGGACUAACAUUGUGCUUUAUGGACAUUGGAAGCUAGCCUACCAUUUCCAUAACACAGAGCUUGAUGAUGAAGUGGCACUGCAGGAAUGGAAUAGAGCUGCUUAUGCAAAACUUGUCAAGCUAAGCUAUUUGCUGAAGAAUGUUGAGCACAUUGAUGGAAAUUUAAUCAAUGUUGAUGACGAUUCCGUCAUCAAGGAUGCCUACAUCACUAACCAAAUGCAGAGUUUCAAUUCACUUGCAAGAGCGCUUAUAAGAGUUCCCUCUUCACAGCUUCCUCUCAAGAAAACAUCAACAAGUUCACAGCUCCAAGUUGGUAGUUGUUUCAGCAGCAUAAAUGAAUGGAGGGCCUUGACACUGGAUUCUCUCACUAAAAUUUGCAAUUUACUUGGCAUUUCAGCUCAGCAGAGGAAGGACAUUCGCCUGAAAGUCUGCCCACAGGUCACGCAGCAUCACAUAUGGAGAGGAGCACUUGAAGAGGUUCUUAAAGACUUGAAGCAUGAGAUAGACAAUGUUGGUUUCAAUUCUCCAGGAUUUCAAAUGGCAAGACAGGUUAUGGUGAGCUGCUUUAAAUUUCUGGAGGACACCGCCAGCCUUAAAAAUUCUGAGUCUCCUGCAUGGAUGCGAUUGCCACCUCUGAAAAAGGUUGAGGUUCUAGAAACUCCAUUUAAAUGGGAAGAAGUUCUUGAAAUGUUUGUGCACAUAUCUCGGUGUAUGUGCCAGGAGGAGAGGUUUUUAUGUAGCCUUGCAAAGGUUAAUGUGAUGAAAGAAGGGCUGUAUCAGAUCAAGGAUAUAGUGAUUGAGAGAGACAUCAGUUUCAAGGAGGCAAGAAGAUAUGAUUCACUUCUUCAAAAGAAACUUACUAAGAGCUUGGGCCAUUCUUCCAAGUGUCUUUUUACGUUAUUACUCUAUUAUUUGUAUGGGAUAGUUCAAGAUAUAGAGGUGGAUGUUUGUGCAGGGGUUUGUGAUGCUGGAGGCAAUUUUACUUUAAAAAUUGGGAAAUUCUUAACUUCUGAUGAUGAGAAGAUGGUGAGAAAUGGUGUCAAACAACUUUACAGAGCUCUCGGGGUGUUUAAGUUUGUAUGGGAGACAGCAUCUAUGAAUGGAACGAUUAACUUGCAGGGUCAUCUAUGGAGUGUAGGAGCUAACGAAAAGACUCUCACCUAUAGAAAGACCAAGUUUUUUGUCAAUGAUAUUGUAUUAUUAUGCAUGGAAAUGAAUUGAGCUAUAGGCUUGGGUUUAAAUUUUACUCAGUAGACAUUUAGGGUCCGUUUGGGGCGGCAAUGCGGUGGUGGUGCAGCACCGCACUGCGGUUUUGUCUAUUUGGGUAAACUGUGUUUUGACAGCUUUUUCAAAAGCUGCCACUGAAAUCUGUUUUUUCUUACCGGUCCUGGCUGGGUGUAGUGACAGUUUUCUAGCCGCGGUCUGACUUUUUCAAAAAUUGUAAUA